GAUGAGCCUCGCAUACCCCACCUGGCGGAAGCAGAAGGAGGAGGAGGAGAAGGAGAAUGACCAGACCGAAGAUGGUCAAGAGCCGCCCACCAAGAAGCCGCGGCGUGCACGCGAGACGCGGUACUUUGCGGCGCGUGGGCGCGUGGCCUCAACGCUGAAAGCCCGUGAGAGUCACCUCUUUCGGCCAGUGCGUUCCAUUGGCGCCGUGGCUGAUAGCCUGCCCUUCUCAUUGCAGACGUUGGGUGAUGCCUCCUUUCUCACCACCAGCGUGGGCCGUGGUUUCCAAGUCUUCGAGUGCGAAAAACUGCGCUUGGCGUACAUCGGACCGCGCUUCAACGAGAAGGUCCGCGCGCUCAUCACUGUGGGGGAAACCAUCAUCACUGCACUGAAGCAGGACGUCGUGGUGUGGCACAAGUUGACCGAAUUGGGUCGCUUUCGUGGGCAUCACACAGCCGCCACGGUGCUUUGCGCGGUGGGUUCCAGCUACUUGCUCUCAGCCGCGGGAAAGGAGUUGAUCGUGUGGCAACUGUCAGAGGUCGGAAAUCUGGAGGCAGAGACUCUUUUGGAAUCCCGCGAGGGAAAGUGCGUCCUCGGUCCACUCAGCCGCCUCAACGUGGGUCAGGACUUUGGGGAGGUGACAUGCAUCCGGCAUCCGCCCACCUACUUGAACAAGGUCCUAGUGGCCGGCAGCGAGGGGAAUUUGCAGUUGUGGAACCUUCGAAGCGCAGAGUUGAUCCACAGCUUCAAGUGCCACAAGCCGGAACAGGCAGUGGGCAUUACUGCGUUGAUGGAGGCCAGUGGAGCACUGGAUGUGGUGGCCGUAGGCUUUCGAAGCGGCCGGAUUUGCCUGAUGAACAUCCGUGAGGACCGAAUACUCUUCGAGCUGCAGCAGGCACAGGGCCCCGUGAGCUGCAUUGCUUUCCGCUCCGACGACGCCUCCAUGCCCUACCUCGUCAGCGGCGCACCAACAGGCCACUUUGUGGUUUGGGACCUCGAGAAGCGGAGAAUGCAUCAUGUGAGGGAAGCCCAUCGAGGGCCGAUCACCCAUAUGGCCUUCGUACCCAAGGAACCCUUGCUGAUAACGAGUGGAACCGACAACGCGGUGAAGAUGUGGAUCUUUGAUACUGCAGAUGGUAUGUCGAGAUAUUUGAAAGGCCGUUGUGGCUGUCCGGGGCCCGCGCGAAAACUCCAGUUCUAUGGUGAAGGUGACAAGGAGCUGAUUGUGGGAGGCGGCUUUAAGGGCAAUGGUUUUCUGUCCAAGAUUUCCUUCAUUCAGGAUCAACAAAACAAGGAAUACUCUCAAGCAUCCCUGAAGAAGAUGAACUCGCAGGCCGUUGCGGUGGGCAAUCUGGAGCUCCCGCCAGUGGUGGACGUUGCAAUUUCCCAGGUGAGGCACUAUGAUUGGCCCUGUGUAGUCACAGUGCACAACGGACUGCAGGCUGCUAUGGUUUGGUCCCCGAGCCACCAAGCCCUGUCCACGACAGUGCUGAUUCCACCUGGCGAGCUAAGUGGGAAGAGCCCGGUCUCAGCGGUGGCAGUGAGCACGUGCGGCAACUAUUGCAUUUUGGGUUUGGAGAAUGGGGCCUUGCACAAGUUCAACUUGCAGUCGGGAUUGCACCGUGGCACUAUCCCCAUAGUAGCUGUUGGACAGCAGGAUCCAGACUCCUUUGGGGUAAAGGUCCCGAAGCGCCCGGCGAUGGCCAAGGCCCCUCCGGGCCCGCCAUUGGCGCAUUUGGGGCGUGUGUGCGGAGUGAUCAUCACCAGCUCGGGACAGGUGGCCUCAGCUGCCUCACAUCCCAAGGACUGUUGCCUGAGACUUUGGAAGCUCAGCACACAGGAAGCUUUGGAGAGCAUUCCCUUGGGCCAACGAGGCCCGAGCUGUCUCAUUGUGAAGCACUUCGGCGUUCUGGUGGCCUGCGGCUUGGAUGAUGGGACUUUAGCCAUCGUAGACUUGAACAGCAAGUCGAUCGUCCGCUCCUUCCAGUGUGGUGUGCCAGCCACCGACCUGGCCUUUGCGCCGGACGGCCGAUGGCUGGCGGCGGCCGUGUGCGACGGGGGACUACGGAUUUUUGACCUCCCUGCGGCGCGGUGCAUCGAUUCCUUCCUUUUUGCACAGCCAGCGCUGGGACUUUGCUUCAGCCCCAGUGGUGCCUUUCUUGUGACUAGUCAUGCGAAGAACAAUGCCAUACAGGUUUGGGCCAACAAGUUUCUUUUCGACCCAUCGCUGUCAGCACCACUCCUUCGGCCAGAGCCUGAAGCUCCAAUCAAUGUUGAAGAGCCUGGAGCACCUGAUGAGGAGGAGGAGGAGCCAGAGGAGGAUGAGGAAGGGGACAGCAUGCCAAAUAUGUGCACUUCGACGACCCCUUUGGAUCCAUCCUUGCUGACCCUCUCGGAUGUGCCACCUGCCAAGGUGUUGGCGACUCUUCACUUGGACUUGGUGAAGGAGCGCAACAAGCUGAAGGAACCUCCAAAGCCUUUGCCCAACGCACCCUUCUUCCUCCCUACUGCGCAUGAGGGCGUCACGCCCCGCUUCGCAGCACCACUGGGAGACGAGGAGAACGAGGCUCCAGAGCCAGAAACCACUGGGCGGCGGCCAUCACUCUUUGAGGAGCUUACCGAAGAGAAGGACAAGAUGGCGAGCUUGCCCUUCCAAAGCUUUCUUCGGAAAGGCCUCUACGACAAGGCCUUGGAAUUCCUCAAGUGCCAGACGCCGUCGGGAGUGCACCUGGCUUUGGAGCAGAUCGGCCCAAUGGCUGGCGGAGGUGAGCAGGAGUUGGAAGCAGGCCUCCAGUUCUUCCUCCACCAUGUGACCUCCUCACACUUCGCCGAUGAGGUUCAAGCGUACCUUUCAUUGUUUCUGAUGGCUCAUGGAGAGGAGAUCGCUUCCUCCAAGGAGCUGCAGGAUUUGUGCGGCAACCUAGCUACAGUGCAGGAGAAAAUGUGGUCCUCCUUGAACACGAGGUGUCAGAAAGCGCGCUGCUUUCUGGGCAUGCUCACCCAAACUCAGUCACAGUGGUGA